AUGUCUACGCCGGAGAAUAAGUCCUAUCUUUCGAGUGGGGUGGCCACCUUGUCGCCCUGGGGAUCUCGAAGCGGCACACCGAUUCUUGGUCAGACAAAGGAGGAUUUGGAGGGAGAUUCGAAUCUUGGUAAACAAAGAGGUGGUGACCAUACUGUGAGCAGUAGACAUAGACUGAGCCUACAGAGCUAUCCUAGGGAUACUCCACCUCUCAACGUGCAGUGGUACCAUGCCGUUGAUGUACCAAAGAGGAAACCUCGAUUUGGUUCAGAUGCAAGCGAUGCGCCUGAGAAGCUACCACUGCCAAAGAAAUGGGUUCCAUUCUCUAAGGGAGAUUCCCGUUCCAUAGAGGCUCGGUAUCAGAAACUGGCAGAGGAAGCCGAGACCCUCGAAAGAGAGCGCCUUGCCGGUCAUACAAGCCCUUGGCAGAACAGCGUAUCUGAAAGUACAGUACCAGUCAACGAAGAUUACCUAUUCGAUGUUAACAUUGACAAACGAGAGCUCGCCCCUGCUUAUUGGCUUGGUCCGGUGUACUCCGUCGUCAGAGGUUCGUGGUUCUAUCAAGAAGGGACUCGUCAGAGACCAUGUGACGAAAAUCUGGCAACACAGCUUGAAGAAGGCUAUCUCAAACUAAGGCCUUGGCGAUUCACUCCAGAACGGGAGACUCGACCUCUUCCACAACCACGUUCAAGACCGACGUCCUUGCGAGCAGACGAAGAUACGGGUCGAGCAUUAAGCCAGCUAAAUAGGCACAAUUUAACACCAAAGUCGUCCAACGAAACACUCAAACCACAGCCCACACCUCCAAGCCCAGAUCGACGAGGGGUCGACAAAGAACUAGGAGCCUCUGACCCGUCACCGAUGAAGGCACAUAGGCUUUUCGGCGCCUAUAUGAACUCAGUUGUGACGUACCAAGACGCAAAUACUGCUUGGUUGCUAAGCGACACCUUUCUGUCUCAAGUCAGCAGUACCGUCUAUCAAAGAUUUGCUGGUGGCGGUCAUUUCGCCGGUAUAAAGCUGACUCGCGGGUUCGUGGAGAAAGUGCAGGACACGAAGACCAAAAAACCCAGUGGAACUAAUGCAUCUCCGUCAGAUAGUGAGGUAAGCGACGCCGAGGACGCCAAUAUGUCGAAAGACCACCAGGAUAGCGAAGACGAUACGCAGCCGACGUCGCCUUCAGAGAUGCGCCGUAAGACUCUUGAACGUCAGCUUUCUUCUCUGGCAAAUCAAGCAGAUCCCGCUCAACAAGAGGAAGAAGUACGACGAAGAGAAGAAAAAGAGAUAAGAGACGAUUACAAGGAUGAGGGAGAUGAUCAGGAUCGACCAAUUGAGCACUUGUUGCUUAUCACGCAUGGCAUAGGCCAACGUCUGGGCCUCCGAUUAGAGAGUGUGAAUUUCGUGCAUGAUGUCAAUACACUACGGAAAACCAUGAAAGCUGUAUAUGCAAAUUCGCCUGAUUUGCAGUCAUUAAACAGCGAGGUCGAGUCCCUCCCAAAGAACAGUCGCGUACAAGUUCUUCCUAUAUGUUGGCGCCAUUUACUUGACUUCCCUAAACAGAGCCUGAAGCACAAUCGAAAAGAAUUUGAUCUGGGUGAAGCAGAUUCAGAAGAACCCGAAUAUCCUAACCUUGAUGACAUUACUAUUGAAGGGGUGCCAGCCGUGCGCAAUCUCAUAACCGAUCUAGCCUUGGAUAUUCUGCUUUACCAAAGUCCAGCUUACAAGGCACACAUAUCGAGGAUCGUCCUACAAGAGUGCAAUAGAAUCCACAAACUAUUCAAGCAGAGGCACCCAUCUUUUAAUGGUAAAGUUAGUCUGGUCGGACAUAGCCUUGGUUCGGCGAUCAUGUUCGAUCUCCUUUGUAAGCAAGAAGAAGACGAACAGUACCCCACAAAGCAUCAAAAUCGGAAUCACCGACACCGUAAAGCAAGAGAAGAUGUUUUGAAGUUCGACUUUGAUGUCGACUCGUUCUACGCUCUUGGAAGUCCGAUUGGGCUCUUCCAAAUGCUACGAGGUCGCACUGUGGCUGCGAGACAAACGUCCUUUCGCCCAGCUCAGACUCCAGGAGACCCUAUGGAUGAUCCUUUCAUGGCAUCAUCGCCAGCCGUGGAGAGCUUCGAUCUCGUUGUAUCAUCGCCGAAAUGUCAAGCAAUAUACAACAUCUUUCAUCCUACAGAUCCAAUCAGUUACCGAAUCGAACCACUUAUCUCACCAGCCAUGUCUACGUUGAAGCCACAGCCCCUACCGUACACUAAGAGGGGAAUUUUCGGGGCGCCUGUCGGUGGCGGUCUCAGUGGUAUCGGCCAGAGAGUUGGGGCGAGUGUGUCUGGCUUCUUCUCAAACUUCGGCACUGGAAUUGCUAGCAGCCUCCUCAAUCGCAGCCUUGGCUAUUCUGGAGAUGAUGGAAAAGGAGCUCAGAGCGCGAAACAGCUUUCACGUGCACCGCCUUCUAUGGCUGCAGCCAAUCGUGGCAGGUCCUCCUCAUCUGCCCUAUCAACAGGUGACGGUAGCUCUCAGUCAAAUGGAGAAACACAGCGCCGGCUGACUUUGAGUACCGGAGAAAUUGGCGAGCACCCCGCGACUUUGAUAGACUCUGAACUGGAAACCUUGUAUGCCGGCUUCCAGAAGAGGCGGAAGAGUCAGCAGGAGGAAGACAGGGAGCUCGAUGAGCAGAGUGCAGAAUGGGCAGAGCUUGAGGAGCGAAGCCGGAAGUUACGAAGAGAGGAGGCCAAAGUACGAGCGUUGAAUCCCAACGGGCGCGUAGAUUACUCCAUCCAGGAAGGAGCAUUUGACAUUUCGCUCAUAGCAAGUAUCGCCAGCCAUCUCUCAUACUGGGCCGACGAAGAUGUCUCACACUUUACACUGUCCCAGUUGUUAUCGAGACAGCGGGUCUUGAAGCAGAAAGUAGAGGGGAACAAAGACCCAAGGCAGUCGGACAAAGCAUAG